AUGCGCCACUUUCACUGUUACUGCUUCCAGAAAAAUAUAAAUAUGACAAUCGAUAGAAUGAUACUGAGUCUCUGGUAUCUUAUUGGGAUGCUUGGAGUUUUGGAUUGUUUAGCACGCAGCAUUAGUGAUAUUUGAUGGUUUAUUUGACCAUCUUUCACUAUCAUGUGUUUGCAUAUUCUUUUGACUAUUGUAUAGAUCCUAUUACAUUCUUUCCUUCCAUAUACAGUCUUUCCUCCUCUUUCUUUAGAAAAUCAGCAAGAGUCAAUCAUUACGAAAGUCUCGCCGAAUUGCACCCGGUUUAUAUCCAUCAUUUUUCCCUCCGUCCUUUUAAUGUCUGCGAAUAUUUUCUGGCUCGUGCGUUACCGAAGAGAUGCAUCAGAAUGGACAAGGCACUAUCGAGCAGAAUUAGACAAGAACAAAACCUUAUGGAGGGCGGCCUAAUCGCGCUUUUUGUAUUGUCGUGUUUAGCCUGAAUACUUACUGCUCUCUUCUAAAGAAACAGAGACCUAAAUAUGUGAUGCCACAGGUACAAUGAAGCGGCAAUAUAAAAUGCCAAGAGCCAUAUCAGAAUGGAUGAUAGGCCACGCUCCUUUGUAGCCUUGUGUGAAUCAUCAAAGCACCAUGAAGAGCAAGAUUGGUCCGUGAGUCAGCAACACUUCAUGCCUCCUGACUGAACGCGAACGAGAAAAGAUGUGCUUGGAAAAUUGGUAGUAAAAGCGAAAAGAAUAUGCCAUGCUCUCUUGCUCAUGCAUCAUCCACCUUCCCCUCCUAUAAAAAGAAAGGCCAAAAUAGCUAAUUUCCAAUCAUCUCUCUCUCUCUCUCGAGAUCUCUCGACAAUGGGUUUCUUGAUGGGGGAUUCUAAGACGAUUGCCACGCACUAUCUGCUGUGCAAAGGAGCAAUCUUGUUGGCCCUACUGAGAUGGGUCUUGUCUCGGGCUGUCAAGCUAAGAGACAGAGCCGCCAUGACCCUCUUUUCAAGUGCCUCCACAGAGAGCCUCCGCUCUCGUUCUUCUCCACCUCGCGCGCCGCCCUCGGAGCUCGCUGCAGACGGUCCUCCUCUGGCCGCCAACUACGGAGAUGUCACGGUCAAGAGACUGCAGGCGAGCUGCGACACCUGCGCGGUCUGCUUCAGCCCGUUGAUGGAGGGCGACGAGGUGAGGGUGCUCAGGAACUGCUGCCACGUCUACCACAGAGAGUGCCUCGACAGAUGGGUCGGAUGCGAUCCCGAUCAUCAUCACGAUCAUGAUCGUCGUGAUGAUUGCAGCAAUCACAGGACGUGCCCGCUUUGCAGGGCCCCGCUGUGGGCUCCUUCGCAGAGCUUGAAGCUGGCCAGGACAGAGCCCAGAUGGACCGUGAAGAGGCUCUGUUCCUCCGUCUGGGGAUGCGAUCCGUAGCGACAGAAACCAGUUCGGACAUGCACGAUGAAGAAGCACGAAAGCAGA